AUUAGUAAUGGCUUGUUUGUUGUGUCUCAGAGUUGCAGUUUAUUUUUGAUCAACAAAUUGUUUUGGAGUUGAUGGAAAUUUUUUGAGGUGCAUUUUUCAAGGAUAUGCAGGACAUCUGAGGUACCUUACGCCUCAUGGCUCAAGUGCGAAAAGCGUCAGGUCGAGAUCGUGCUACUGAAACCACGAGAGAGCUACCUCAAGCUAUAGCGAGGUACAUCAAAAGGGUGUAAACAAACAGCUUAUGGAUAACUCAUAAACUGCGUCAAUUUAGAAAAAGGAAAAGGGGAAGCGGGUGGCGGUUCGGGAGUUGGAUAAAACGUUUCAGUUUGUUUUCAGUUUCUAAAUUAGAACAACAACAUUUUAUUCAAUCUCAAGCUACUCCUUCUUCAUCUUACUCCUGAUGAUCCCUACAUGUCACUGUAGAUUUUGGCCCUACAGUCCGAGAAUGAAUUUCCUUUUAUUAUUUUUUCAAUUUUGAUCCGAUCAGAUUUAAGUCUGACUACACCCUUCUGUGUCAACAAAAAGCGUUGUAAGUGAAAUCAGUUUUCCUGAUGGGUGUCACACAGUACAUCACACAUACAAUCAAGAAGUGAAGUUUUUUUUUUCUUUCAAUGACAGCACUCAGCCUGCAUGAAAGGCACUUUACAAGCCAAGUGAGGCAAACAUGCAAAAUGCCGCAUAUGCCUUGCUUGGUUCAUAAAAUGGGUCUUAGUUAGUGUAAAUUUUGGGACUGUUAGCUUUUAAGUUGCUCAAGUAAUGAGAACUAUUGUUCUUUUGUGAAGCUAUAUGAACCACUCCACUUUGUGUUUCAUUUGAUAUCCAGAUACCUUGAAGUUGGUCACAUAAGACUUGGUAGUGCCUUGCUUUGCAACCCACAUCUUAGUGUCUUGAUAUUGGAUGAAACAUUGCUUGUCAUAAAUUUUUGAUUUAUUAUUGGUACUCCAAUUUAUACAAACAGGUCUUCUUCAGCUGGAUCCAUUAGAAAAAGCAUCACAAAGGUAAAAGUACAAAAGAAAAUACUUAAGGUGUUAAUCUUUUGUACUGAUCAAUGUACUGCUAGGGAUUAGUUUUUGUUAGAAAUGAGACAGUGUUCCCUCUUUCAUUUUUCUUUGUAACCUACUACCUAGCCUAUCCCAGACUAGCUGACUAUGGCCUUAUGAACAGAAACUGCAGUUGCUCAUAACACCCUUAGGUUUUCCUUAAAUAAUAUCCUUUUCUAGGCGUAUCCUCAUAUCCUGUCCUCUGAUUUUUAUACCCUCUUCCAGCCUAAACUGCUUACAUACCCUACCUUUCAAAGCAGCACAUGUAUACUUAACAAUAUUAUUCCUCGCCCCCGAAUGGGCUCUGAGUCAAUAGCACAUGAGGCCGAAGGCGAAUGGGCUAUUGACUCAGAGGCCAUGAGGGCGAGAAGAAUAAUUGUUGUAGUAAAAUCCAACUUGUUAGUCAAAAAAUAUCGAGACAAAACAACUUUAGCUAGAUAAAUCCUUUUUUGCUGCCAAAAAGCUAGCGCUUUGGGCUACUAGUGUGCUAUAACAUAUAACUUAGUAGUAGCUCAAUCAAUCAGAAUGCAGCAUUGAUGAUAGACCACUAGUUGGAUUUUACUAAAUUAAUAUAGCCUAUAUAUGGUAGUGAUCUGGCCCCCACCCUACAGGUGUGUUCUUACUGGGUCCAAUACUAACAGCUUGGUUGAGGUGCUGCCUUGCACCUGCAAAGCAGCUACGUGUUCUUGCUGCUGUGUAAAGAUUAUUUGAACAUAGUGUGACAGAGGUAAUAAAAGUUUGUUUUGGCUGAGCAUUGCCUAAACAUCAGUGAUGGAAAAAUUUUCUUCUUUAGAGGGUGACUAAUGUUAUUGUAUUGAUUCAAUGUGAUUGUACACCAGGUACCUUCGGAAGGCCUGAUUGUUCUUCCACCAGGUUAGCAUAUUUUGAUAGAAAAACCACUAUUAGAAAUGAACUAAGAGGUCUAAGGUUAGAAGUAUAAUAUGAAUUUUCUAAAAAUGACCCCAUCUUGGAGCAACCAACCAGUUUAUAGUGCCAUGGCUUCAUUACCAGGGACUAGUAUUGGAGAGAAAGAGUGCUACCCAGAAACCUACCCUCCUGUAAGAUAGAAAUUUUGUUGCCAGUAUAUGGCCUCGCUCUCCAAGAGUUCUCCGUAGCUGAAGAGGAUAGAGUGCCCGCCCAGUGUUUGGGAGGUCAUAGGUUAGAAUCCUGCUGGGGACUCGGAGUUUUUUCUUUGUCCCACGCUCGUGGCAUGCUGAUUAUUUCAUUUUCACAUAUAUGAUAUUCUUUUUUCACACUCUAAAUGUUAUGUCUGUUGGUAAGUAGAGUCUGUAAACAACUGUUAAAUGGCAUUUUGUUUUAUAGAUAAAGAAUUUGUUAGAUUUGAAAAUGGAGGUGAUUCCAGUACAAAUUGUGUGAGUGUUGUCAGAGUUGGGAGCGCAGGGCGGGUGGAAAGGAACCUUCAGAUGGCAAGGAAAAAGGAACUGGAAGAUGAAAUUUCUACAGACAGUGCUUCAGCAUCUGGCAUCACUACUGAUGGUAAUACAAUGAUUGAUUUAAUUUGGUCAAGCAGUUGAUAAAAAAUAAGGUUUUUAAAAAAACUAACAGAAAAAGUGCAGGUUAAUCCUGUGUUCUGACAGGCUAACCAAGUGGGAAAGAUCAGCCUAUGUUGCCUGCCCAAGAUCCCUUCCUGCAAGAAAAUACAUCUUUUGGACAUGUAAUGGACAUAGUAUGUUAUUUUAUAAUAUUAUUAUAUUAUUCACCGUUUAUUGACCAAGGUUGUUUGGCCAAGAUGGCUGGAUAUUGCCCUUUUUUGGCAGGGGGAAAAUGGAAUUUGGGCAUGUUAAAAGCUUUAACCCACCUGGUUACUUGCUCAAUAAUGAACCUUAUGUGCAAUUACCAUUUUCCAUCAUUUAAUCUUUGUUGCUUUUCAUUUCAUUCAUAGGAGAGUUACAAAAACGAGAAACAAAAUGUAAACCAUUGAAACAGACUGAUAAGCUAGAUGCUAAAGUUGAUCGUAAAGAAGAAGAAGAGGAAUCUGAAAGUUCAGACAGUGAUUCUUCAGACAGUGAUGAACCAGAAACAAGUGCAUCAGCAGCAGCAACAGAAGCAAAAGAGGGGGCUGCUCAGGCUCCUGUGGAACUUAAAGGAAAGGUAUGAAACAUUUGUGAAGGCAGAGUAGCUACCCGUCAAAGACAGAUUAGACAGUAAGUACGUACUGUUACUCAUAACAAGGAAGUUUGAAAUAAGCACUCCCCUCAAAAUAGUGCAGCAGUGACGAGUCAAAACAUUAAGUACCAAUGUGCUCUUUUGAGCAAUUUAGAAUGUGUAUAUAUAGCAUGUAAAAAUUUUUAAUUCUCCUUCUCCAAGGGUGACAUGAAUGUUCUGUCAUGUUCUGUAUAAAUAAUUUUAUUAUAUACACUCACAGAAUGUAACUUCACUUUAGUUCCUAAAGGCAGUCAUGGAUGAAGACUAUGAAAAUGCCAAAGAACUUUGUCAGAAGAGUAGGUUACUUCUUUUUCACUGAGUUAGACUAAUGGUUUUAUUCUUAAUUAUAUUCUUUAUUAUUACUUUACUCUCAAGUGAUAGUUCUCUAAUGAAAGUUUUGUUAUUGGCUUAUUUACCACAGUUCUGUUGUUAGAGCCAGAUAAUAAAACAUGCAGUGAAUUUCAUGCUGUUAUUGUGGAGAAAAUUAAACAAGGUAUGACUGCUAAUAAAGUUGAAAUACAUAAUUCUUAUAUAUCCACUCUGACAACAGUAGUUACUAUGGAAACUGUCUUGCAAGAAAUAAUCACAAUGCAAUGAAAUCUCCACAUUACAAUGAAAAUCAACAUAUUGUAACAAGGGGGACAUGGGGGUUUACAGUAUUGAGCUUUUUUUCAAGUGGUAUUUUGUUAGUUUUGAUUUUAAUGUGUGGUAUUGCGGUAUCAUCUAGCCCUGCGGUAUACGGUUUUGCAUCCUUUUGGUUUACGAUAUUCUGUAAAAGAAUAUCCUUUAUGGUAUUGUGGUACCAUUUAUUUGCACUCUUCUGUCUAAUACAGGUCAAUACAAUGUGCAGCAUGAACAACAGUAAGCUAAAUAGGUUAAUAAAAGUUAAUAUUUUAAGACUUUAGACUUAAUGGUAAAUGAUUACACUAUCUGCGACAAAAUUGGAAGGGCAUCCAAAGACCGGGCUUUUCGAUCGUUGUACUGAUCAAGGUCUUCUCUGGUUUCCUCACAAUGUCUCAGGUUGAUUUCUGGUGCAUCAUUGCUUGGGGUAAACAAACAUGCAAGAUGGAUACAGCUUUAAGUAAAUGUGACCAAUCAUAAAUGCAGUUAUCUGUAUUUCAUGAAUUUUUGGCAUGGUAUUUCGGUAUUUGCCAAUUUUUCUUAUGGUAUUACGGUAUUGGGUACCCCCCGAUGUCCCCCUCUGUAAUAGAUCAUGUUUUUGCAGGCUUUAAUAAUGUUUAUUUCUACUUUGUUGUGUCACAUAAUUCAGAAGACGAGAAGAGUGAUGAUAGUGAGGAAAGCACAGAAGAGAGUAGUGAUGAGACAGAAGAGGAUGAAAACCAAGAGAGCAGCGAAGAUGAUCAGGAUGAUGAUGAUGAUAAUGAGGAAGACGAUGAUGAAGACAACGAAAGCAGCUCUGAUGAUGACUUUGCUUUACCACCAGGCCCUAUCAACUUAAUCAUGGGAGGACUUCCUAUUAGACCACAGAAAAGAUGACAAGAAACCCUCUUCUUUGUAUCUUCCUUGGAUCAUAAUGUAAUUUGCACCAAGUUUUAUUAAUACUCAAGAUUUCAUGAAGUUUAUCUGAUGUGAUGUAUUUAUCAGAACAG